AUGGGUUCCGACACCGACAAAGCGCACCACCUGUCGCUCGAUGACUCGCCGUCUCGGCCCUCCUUCUUCUCGCGACUGACCUCGCCCCUGCGCUCCCGAACGCGUAACCUUGCCGAUUUCCACAUCCGCCUCCACGAACCCCAUCGUCAAUACUCUGCCGGCGAACAUGUCAGGGGCCACGUUAUCCUCUCCGUCGUCAAGCCCAUCCGUAUCACCCACCUGACCGUCUCCCUGCACGGAUACGUCCGCGUCUACAAGCAUGCUGGUGCCGCCGCCCAGCUCAGUCCUGUCAAUCCCGCCAUCAUCUCCCACGAGAGGAGCAGGAAUGUCAGAUACUACGGCAACGGGCUCGCCUCCCUCUUCCAGGACGAGCAGGUUCUAUGCGGCGAGGGGAGGCUCAAGCCUACGCGGUUCGAAUUCGAGUUUGAUCUCAUCUUCCCCCCCAAGGCGCUCCCGAGCAGUAUUGACUUCGAGAGGGGAACCAUAUCUUACAUGGUCACGGCGACGCUGACCCGACCGACAUCUAUCGCCGCCACUUCUAGCUGCGAAACGAAGGUAUCUCUCGUCGAGAAGGUGGACAUAGGCCUGCUCGUGCCUCCGCGGGAACGAAAGGUAUGCAUGCAGACCUGGCGGAGACGGCCAAAGAAGAGGAAGAAAGUUGCGUCGACGGCUGCGAUCCCGACCCAUCGCGGCUCCGUGUCCGCGGAAACGCAGGAGUCGGCGUCGGAAUUGGAUUCUACUAGGGUGAACGAGAUUUUGAAUAGGAGCUCCGUGAGUCUCGGCGAGGCGACAACCGUCGGGGCAGCUGCCCCGCGAAGCCCCCUGCGAACCGAUGUAAUACCAGCCGACUUGCAGAGUGAAGUUAGCGGCGACAGUGCCGUCAGCAAUAACAGUGGCUCCAACAGCGCGAGGGGAGCCGAUGCAAGUGCCGAAUCGGUCGCCGUGAGCAAGGCGUCGGGAAACAUCGAGAGGGAGAUAACUGCCACGGUCGAAUUGCUCAAAGGGGGCUGCCUCCCUGGAGACAUACUACCCGUGAGAAUCCAGAUCGAGCACAACCGCCGCAUGAAGAGUAUGCAUGGCAUAAUCGUUACGCUUUACCGCCAGGGCCGCGUCGACUAUUCGCCACCGAUAUCUUUGUUCACCGCCGAGCUAUCCAAAGGGGACGCCGAGCGGUUAGAACGCGAAGAUUAUUACCCGAGGUCCAGGACAGGCCUCGGAGGACUGUCUUUAUCCUCUGCUGGCUCCUGUAGCGUGUUUCGGAAGGACCUGUCCCAAGCGGUAGCCCCCCUCAUCAUCGAUCCCGCUACGCUCACGGCAAACAUCACAACGUCCGUCAGAGUUCCCGAGGAUGUGUUUCCGAGUAUAAAAAACGUCCCGGGAGGCUUGAUCAGCUUCAAAUACCACGUCGAAGUCGUUCUCGAUUUAGGUGGGAAGCUUGCCGGCCAAACGGCCGGCAGCUCGCAACAAGCAAGCAGGAUGAGCCCGUUGGGCAUAUCCGGCGGAAACCCUGCCUCGCCAGCCGAGGCGUACGAUCUGAAGCGACUUGCGAAUUGGAACGGUACGAUAGUAGACACAGAUCAUCUCAGGCGUGAAAAGGGAGUAAUAUCCGUAUCGUUCGAAGUUGUGGUCGGGACCAUGGACUCGAAUCGCUCGCGAGGCAAGUCGGUGGCACGCCCGUCGCUGACGGUACAACCGCCUGCUGCGCAGGAUGUUCGUGUUGGGGGUGACGGCCCGAACUAUAAUUGGCAAGGUGAAAAUAACGAAGAGAACGGCUAUGACAGAGACUUUGACUCCGCUCAGCUUGGGUCGCCUCGGGGCCAUUUGCCCGUAGCCACGUCCCCUCAGACAUCGUAUUACGAUUUUCAAAACUACGAAACCCACGCCCCGGUCUAUGUGCCGGCGCCCGAAGUGCCCAGCGAGAAUGAGCUAUCCGAGAAGGAGCGUGUGCACCAGGCAGAGCAAAGGUUAUUGCCAAGUCAGCCGCCGCAACAGCCUUCCGAAACGGAAGCCGGUCCCUCGCAGCCAUCCGCGCCCGCCGAGAGCUCCGCCUAUUUCGGCGGUAUCGCCGCCCCUGCAGCGGUCGACCCCGAGGGCGAAGGGCCAUCGGCGCCUACGUUAGCCGAUCUAACACAAGGGGGCGCUCCUCCCCCUCUUCCUCCACCGGCUCCAUCUAGCACAUCCCGUACCGCCGCCGACGACAAACAGGAACUCGAGCGCCAGAGGCUUCUGCAAGAAGCUAGCGCGCCGCCGGAAGUGCCCGACGAUUGCGACGGCGGCGAGCCGUCGACUUCGGCCUCGGCGCCGCCUGCCGACCAACCUUUGAACCCCGGGGAGCCGACGGCCCCGGCGCUAGGCGCCGACGACGACGACCACUACUACUACGGCCGCGGCCACGGCCACGGCACCCCGCACGCGUAUCACGACGACCUCGCCGGCCCGUCGACGCGGGUCCCCCGGACUUCGGAGCCGUUGCCAAGGUAUGAGAGGUGA